AUGAACUUUAAUACAACUAGGUAUUACACUCUUAUGGGUGUUGAUGUCAAUGCAACUCAAGAUGAAAUCAAAAGGGCAUAUCGUUCAUUAGCAUUACAAUAUCAUCCAGAUAGAAAUCGUGAUCCAGAAGCACCUGAAAUGUUUAAACAAAUUCAUGAAGCAUAUGAAGUACUGUCAGAUGAAAAGAAAAGAAAGUUAUACGAUCAAUAUGGUGAAGAGGGAUUAAAACUAUUUGAUAAUGGUGUGUUGGGAGAAGAGGCAGAGAUGUUGGCUCUGUUAUUCUCUGGAUCACUCAAGAUAUUUGCAUGUUUAUUUUUCUUGUUGGUGUGCGUUGCCAUCCUAUUCCCCAUCUUUUUGGUGGUCAAGAUCAACCAUCGCGUCGAUUGGUCUUGGGCCAAGGUGUUCUCACCGUUUUGGAUUAUAUGGGGGUUGGUCGUCCUCGCCAUGAUCAUUGUCGCCGCAGUGUCCCGUCGUAUGCGAUCGACGGUACUCAUGAGCAAGUCGGUGGCCAUACUGGUGUUUGGCGCUUUGAUUGUGGCUAAUCUCGACCACGCCAUUCACAUAGAUUGGACAGUUGUCUUUAUACCCGUCUAUUUCCUGUUGGCAGUCAAUAUAUGCUCGAUCAUCCCCAACACUAUCUACUCGCGUUAUCUCAAACGUUUGCAGGGUGAAAAGGAGUACUUUAACGCUGCCACAGAUUAUGGGUUGGGCUAUGCCGGUUGGCUCUACCGUCGAUACAUAUUCGAGGCCAUGGAGGUAUGGUUUAUCGUCUUUCUCGUCAUUCGUCUCGACCGUAUCGUCACUUGGAGUUGGUGGAUCAAUGCUAUUCCCAUCCUCGUGUCAAUGCUCAUUCGUUUAAUCACUAUCGUCGCCGACAGCAAAUACCUCGCCAAACAUACCCAAGGUAGCGAGUCAGAGGAAGAGUCGUCGUUCAACACAUUCUUGAUCUGUUGUUACAUUAUCCUCAUUAUCCCAAUCGUUAUUUUCCUCGGUCUACUAGUAUCUUAUUUGAAUGGUAAAGGUUUUGCUAUUGCUUCUGUUUUCAUUCCAAUAUUUAUUAUUGCUGGUAUUCUAUUUUGUGCAUGUUGUUUAUUAGUACCAUGUUUGAUUUGUUGUAGUCCAUUUGGAAAGGAUAUGGAGGAUGGUAUGUUUAGCGGAAUGCAACAAGAUAUGUUCACCGUUGUCAACAAUCGUAUGCAACGUCCUCAAAAAUUCCUUGAAGCUGCUGGUAGCAAUGUUUCAGUUUCUAAUAAUAAUAAUAAUACUAUGGAACCAACGCUAUCGAAUGUUUAA